AUGGGGGAUUCACAAUUUGCCUUCAGGCACAAGAAGAAGUACGGAGAGAAGUCUGUCUCGAAGGACCGGGAGGAUGGGGAGACUGCCCAUGAGCAGGAAGGACACCGAGAAUACAGUGCUGGGAAUGACUUGACUGUUCAAAUUAAGGCAGGCUACGUACCAGUGAAUUAUGGCAUCUCUGCUUCACCUGGACACUGGGAAAGGACACAGACCGCGGGGCCAGGGUCAGAAGAGAAGAAGAGAGCCGUGUUCACCUACUUGGUGAAUGUGAUGAGCAACGCCCUCCUGCUGGGUGCAUGGUGGAUUGAUAGCCAGCUGCACAGCCCCAUGUACUUCCUCCUCAGCCACUUGGCUGUGGUGAAUGUGAGCUUUGUAUCCAUCACUAUACCCCAGGCUUUGGUGCAUAGCCUAACACAGAAUCAAGUCAUUUCCUACUCUAGAUGCAUGGCUCAGGUGUUCCUCUUCCUUUGCACAGGCAACGUGGAGGGCUACCUGCUGGCCAUCAUGGCCUCCGACCGCUACAUGGCCAUCUGCAAUCCACUGUCCUAUGCUGCUGUAGUGACACGUGCCCUGUGCCUCAAGAUGGUAGGGACCUCUUGUGUCAUGGUGACCCUGAACUCCCUGCUGCACACUGUCUUGGUCGCCCGGCUGCACUACUGCAGCAACCGACUCGCACACUUCUUCUGUGACCUGCCAACCCUGAUGCGACUUUCCUGUACUCGGCCCUUCCUCAAUGAGAUGGCCCUAUUCACUGAGGGUGUCAUAUCGGUGCUGAGUCCUUUUGUCUUUAUCUUGGCCUCUUAUGCCCUCAUUGGGGUUUUCUUGUGCCACCGGCGCUCCGUCAGCCAACUGCGCAAAGCCCUCUCCACCUGUGGGUCUCACUUGACCGUCGUGCUGCUCUUCUAUGGCACCGUGGCCUGGCUAUACUUCCGCCCGGCUGCCAGCUUCGACUUGUUCCGAGACCGGAUGGUGGCCCUCUUCUAUACUGUGGUUGCACCAGCCCUGAACCCCCUCAUUUACAGUCUGAGGAACAAAGAGGUUUUGUCUGCCAUCAGAAGAGCCUGGAGGAAGGUCCUGGCUCACGGCCCUUGA